AUGCGAUGUGGAAAGACAUCUGAGAUCAUACCAGUGAAUCUUGAGAUAGAAAGAACCUGUAGACAGAAGAGAAAGAAGAAGAGGAUGGUGAAUACUAUGACUGAGAAUCAAGGGAAUGCAAUGAACAAUGCUACCAAUAAUGUUUAUAGUGCAAUAGCUGCUGUUGAGAUUCCAAAUGUAACAGAGGUUCCUGUGCAACAAGGACCAAGGAGCUUAAGAGAUUAUGUACUUCCCACUGUCACGGGAGUGCAUUCUUGCAUCAGACCUCCAAAAAUUGUUGCGAAUAAUUUUGAGAUCAAGCCAACAAUUCUACAAAUGGUUCAAUCCACUGUUCAGUUUGGAGGCUUGCCUACAGAGGACCCUAACAUGCACAUAGCUAAUUUCUUGGAGCUUUGUGUGACUUUUAAGAUGAAUGGGGUGAGCGAUGACACAAUAAGGUUAAGGCUGUUUCCAUUUUCCAUAAAGGACCGUGCAAAGAAUUGGUUGAUUUCCCUACAGCCUAACCUUAUUACCACAUGUGAAGAGCUCACUCAAAAGUUCCUUGCAAAGUUUUUCCCUCCAGCAAAAGGUGCAAAGUUGAGAGGAAAAAUUAAUAAUUUAUACCAGACGAAAGGGGAAUCAUUGUAUGAUGCAUGGGAGAGAUUCAAAGAGUUUUUAAGGAAGUGCCUACAUUAUGGUAUAGAGAAGUGGAUGCUGGUCCACAACUUUUAUAAUUGGUUGAAUGGUAUUACGAGUACCUUAAUAGAUGUUUCAGCAAGAGGUUCAUUCAUGAGCAAAAGUGCUAACGAAGCUUAUGAAUUGUUAGAGAAGAUGGCCAUGAACAAUUACCAGUGGCCUACUAAGAGGGAAAAUACGAAAAAAGUAGAUGGGAUGAUUGAAUUAGAAGCCAUCUCAAUUCUUACAACUCAAGUGGCAUCCUUGACGAAACAACUACAACAGAAUAACCUCACAUCUCAAGCCAUGCAAUUACAAAGUGUGUAUGAAAUAUGUGGAAUGGCACAUUCACCUAACCAAUGUCUUGCAGUGGAUUUAAAUAAUUUUCCUAUGGAACAAGUUCAAGCCAUAGGAAAUACCCAAAGGCCACCCAAUAACCCAUAUUCCAUGUUUUACAACAAAGGAUGGAGGAACCAUCCUAACUUUUCUUGGAAAAAUAAUAAUCAGAGUGUUCAGCAACCUUUCCCAUAG